AUGAAUGAGGAACCAAAUGUAACUUAUAUAACUCUUAGUGGACAUGUUGAAUUGCACAAAUACAGGUACCUUUACUUUACCAUCAUGUUUAUUGCAUAUCUUCUAAUAAUCUGCUGUAAUUCUACUAUUGUUUGUCUGAUCUGCAUUCACAAAAACCUCCAUGAACCAAUGUACAUUUUCAUUGCAGCUCUGUUGAUGAACUCUGUUCUUUUUAGUUCUGCUUUCCACCCAAAGCUUUUAUUUGAUUUUUUAUCUGAUAAACAGAUCAUUUCAUAUCCAGGCUGUUUGUUUCAGUCGUUUCUGUUUUACGCUUUAGGUGGUUCUGAGUUUUUCCUCUUAGCAGCCAUGGCUUAUGACAGGUAUGUGUCUAUAUGUAAACCUCUGCAGUAUCACACCAUCAUGAGACAAACAAACAUCAUUAUAUUUCUGGUUACAGCUUGGAUUGUGCCAGCGUGCCAUUUUCUGGUAAACACCACACUGAGUGCCAACAGAAAACUUUGUAACUUUACUUUGAAAACAGUUUAUUGUAAUAACAUAGUGUUAACACUUCCAUGUGAGAGAUCAGCAGUAAUAAUGACAAACGGCAUUUUUGUUUUGCUGAAUCUUGAAAUUUUCCCUGUCUUAUUCAUACUUUUUACAUACAUAAAGAUUCUCAGAAUCUGUUCCCAAAGCAGAGCUCAUGUGAGGAAAAAAGCUGCAGAGACCUGUUUACCCCACCUGCUGGUGUUAAUCACCUUUUCAUUUAUAAUUGGAUUUGAUUUCAUUGUGAUUCGAAUGGAAUCACUUAUUCCCAAAACCUGUCGUUUAAUAAUGUCUUUACAAGUUAUUGUGUAUCAUCCUCUCUUUAAUCCACUCAUAUAUGGACUCAAAAUGAAAGAAAUUUCAAAACACCUCAAGAGGCUUUUCUGUCAAAGAAAAAGGAAACAAUAUAUCAACAAUUUUAGCUCAUAUUUAAAGUUGAAGGUAUUUUUGACAAUUUCUGACGAUGACAUCAUCAUCUUCUCUUACCGCUUCCUGCAUCACCUGUCGAGUACGAUGACUCCUGCGUUCUUUACUGUUGACUGA